AGCUACAGUAUGUCUAAAAAUAGAUACUAGGUCACAAAGCCGAAAUAAAUCCAAGACAAAGAUGAUCUCAGCAAGUAUACAUUAAAAUAGUAACAUAUUAAUAAUACAAAUUUUAGAUGAAGUUUGAAGCAUGGCUACUUCAGAUGACACAGAUGUUUCUAUAUUUAAAAGUUGCUUUAAGCAAGUGAAAGAAUUUGUCGUAGGAACUGAAGAAGAUGAAGCAUCAAAUAUGGAAAUUGAUCAAGCAGAAGAUGAUUCAACAGAAUAUGAUUUUAGACACAGCAGAAGGGGUAUAGCUGUUGUCAUUGUUAAUGAAUAUUUCCAUGGUCACAGUAACCGCUCUGGAGCUGGACUAGACAGAGACAUGUUGGUGGAAUGCUUCAAGUCACUUAAGUUUGAUGUUAGAGUCUUCACUAACUUAAGUGGAUCUGAUACAAUGAAAGUGCUUCAAGGAGUCAGCAGAGAAAUGUGUCACGACAGAGACUUCGAUUGUUUUGCCUUUGCUAUGAGUACCCAUGGUGAUAAAAUAAGUUAUUAUGAUACUCAUGAGAAUAAAGCAAUAGAGGAAGAUAUAGUACAUGCUACAGAUGGUUAUAUUCGUACAGCCGAUAUACUUGAUGUUUUUUCCGAUGAAAAUUGCAACGGAUUAGAGGGAAAACCAAGGUUAUUUUUUCUGCAGGCUUGUCGUGGAGAUAAGUUAGAUCCAGGAACAGAAUCGUCUGUGGUUAAAGAAAAUUAUGAUGAGAUUGAUGGUUAUUAUAAUAAAGAAAUCAUCACAAGGCUUCCAUGUAGAAAAGAUUUCUUAGUAAUGUAUGCCACACCACCAGGUUUUUUUGCAUUUAGACGACCACAACAGGGUUCAUGGUUUGUGAUACAUCUUUGUCGCAUCUUGAGUCAAGCAAGCAGUGAAAUGUCAAACUUGUGUAAACUUCUACGCUGGGUAACAAAAGCCGUGGGACAUCAAUUUGAAUCAUCUGCAGCAAAUCCUACAUUUGAUAAAAAGAAACAAACACCAUGCAUAUACUCUAUGCUUGUUAAAGAUAUUCACUUGGCAUAAGAUGGAAUGGUUUCUACAUGAAAUACAAUUUUUUCCAUUCAUAAACAUGAAAUAAUUUCUGUCUUCCUUACUUGCCAUCAUAAAAUUUUCUGAGAUUAAUAAUGCUAUUUAAUGUUUCUUUUCUCAAAUGAGAAAAAAUUCCAGAAAUUAGGACAAUUUGUAAAAUGUCUGAUAGAAAAGCUACCUAAUUUGCCUUUAUGAUAAACGUAAACAAGGUGGGACAUUAUAAAAGUAAACCAGCAAGGCUUUGGAAUAAAGUUUCAAAGCAUUAAAGUAGUUAUUAUGUGGAAUAUGGUAUUGUCAAGAAUUAUUUUUCUAUGUAUUUGGCAGCAAGUAUGAACUAAAUCUUCAUUUCUAUCUUAUAAAAUGGUUUCAUUCACUUAUAGUAAGCAAUUGUCAUUAAAAUGUUGAGAUAUUUAAUGUUCAUAAGCAAUGGUCUUUUAAACUACAAGCAAGUAUAUAAAAUGGUUUCAUUCACUUAUAGUAAGCAAUUUUCAUUAAAAUGUUGAGAAAUUUAAUGUUCAUAAGUAUUUUAGUGACAGAGAAAUGUAAUUUUUAAAACAUACAAGAAAUGAUUCCAAGUGUCAUAUUUUUAAUUUUUUAUCGUGCCAUUGUGAUUUUAAUCUGUUUGUUAUCAAUAAUUCUUCAUUUAUAUACUUUACUGUUGUUUUAUUUUAUCAGUAAUGAUUUGGUGCGUUUCUUUUGGUUUUAAACUUUGAUUUACUAUACAAUGCCAUAGGCUUAUGUAUUUAUAUUUACAUAUGCAAACAUAUUUAACAUUGGAGAUUUUAUUAGUUGAUGUCUCCCCUUUUACUGUUUAUUUUAUGUAUUAGUAUUAUAUAUAUAGUAUUACAUAUUAGUAAAAAUUUGUUUAUGUUAUACAUUUAUAUCACAUAGAGUUGUAACAAUCGGUUUGUGUUUUUUUAUUCAUUAUUGUUUUUUGUUAGUAUUAUUAUUAUUAACACCUGCUCAUUUUAAAUCAAUGUUUUCAUGUGGUGAUACUACACAAUUUUAUUUUCAUUCCUGCCCUUAAAGAGACAUGAUCACUCUCACCAAGGUAUAUUAUGCUUUCAUUUAGCUACUCAAAGUACCAGAAAAAAAUGGAUUUGACUCAUAAAUUGACAGUUAACAUUUAUGUCUAUAUAAAAGACUUCAAAAGUGCUAAUGCCUGUUUAAUAAAAAUAUAAGCCUCUUUAUAGAGAUCCUGCCAACAUUAGUUGUCCAGGCUUAUAUACAGUGUAUUCAUAUAAAUUUUCACAUAUUUUGUCAUAAUCAUGUCAAACUAUUAUGAAUUUUCUAUUAUUAUAAAUCUCUAGAAUCUAUGCAAUUGUUGAAUUUAUGAAUCUAUUUUUAGAUGGGUUAAAAGUUUACUCUUAUACCGUAAUUUAUACAUUUUGUCUUUAUUAAUGAAUAUUUUUAAGUAUACUUUCACCAAUUAAUCUAACAUAAUAGUAUUCUUUUUGAUGUACUGUACCAACUCAGCAACUCCAUUUACACAAAGAAUAAAAUCAUAGUAACAAAGUAUGUGACUUGAGUUAAUCAAACUGUGUUAUAAUCACAAUCUACUAUUGUUAUUAGGCUUGGAAUAAUUGAAUGUUAUAUUUAAAUUUCAAUCUUAUAUAGUCAAAACAAACGAAUUACAUAAAGGAACAAUAUAAUUAUCUCAUUUUAAUUCUGAUCUUAAUCAUUUUUGUUGUAUUGUUGACUUUAUCUGUGGUUGUUUAAUUUAGCUGAUUUUAAUAAAGAUGUUACUAUUAGAAA